AUGUUGGGCUGGGUCCAGAAGGUGCUGCCUCAGCCUCCGGGGACCCCUCAGAAGACCGAGGAGGGAGCAGAACCACUGCCAGAACCAGAGCUGGAGCCUAAGGCAAAACCAGAACCUGAGCCAGAGCCCCAGCUGGAGCCAGAACCUCAGCCAGACCCAGAGCCAGAACCUGAAGCAGCCCCUGAAGAGACUGUGCCAGAGGUCCAGACCCUGCCACCCGAGGAGCCAAUGGAAGGGGAGGAGCCAAUGGAAGGGGAGGGCGUAGCUGAGGCUGGCCCUAGCCUUCAAGAGGCCCAGGAAACUGACCCUCCUCAGCCUACCCUUCAGGCCGAGGUUGCUGUUGCCAAGGUGAACAGCCCCCGCGCCUGGCUCCUGACCUGGUUCUGGAAGCACAUGGAGAAGGUUGUGCCACAGCCUGUCUGCAGCGGCAAGAACCUGGCCGCCGGAGUGGGAGACCCAGAUCAGGCUGGAGCACAGAUUCUGGGACCCGGUGGCGCUGGGGAACCAGGGUCUGCAGAUGGUUCAGAUGAUGCUUCCGGGGCUCAAGAUACUGAGCCCAGCCUGUGGCUGCUCAGGUGGCUUGAGCAGAAUCUGGAGAAAGUGCUGCCUCAGCCCCCGAAACCCUCCGAGGCCUGGAGUGCUGAACCGGAGGCUGUUGUCUUGGAUCCAGAUCCUCCAGAACCCCCGAUGGAGACAGAGCCCACAGAGAUUCCCUCCCAGCCUAAUCCUGAAACCCUGGAGCCGGAGGCGGAACCAGCUGCAGAGACCCAGCCUGGCUUCCAGGUCUCUUCCCUGCCACCACCUGGGGACCCUGUCAGGCUGAUUGAGUGGCUUCUACACAGGCUGGAGAUGGCCCUGCCACAGCCCGUGCUCCAUGGGAAAGCCGCAGAGCCGGAGCCUGGCUGCCCUGGGACGUGUGAAGUGCAGACCAUCAGCAUCCUCCCCAUGGACCAGGUAGAACAUGAUCUUGUCCUCGAGGAGGUGGACCCCUGCUGGGAGGACAUCCAGCAGGAAGAGAGUGCCAGCCAGCAGGAAGACUGUGCCAGCCAGUGGGAAGACCAUGCCAACCAGCAGGAGACAGAGAUGGCUCCAGUUUAUGAAGAGGAAAGCGAGGCCAUGGUGGAGAUGCCCAGGGAGUUGCCCCAGAUUCAAGAGGAAAGAGAAGAUGAGGAGGAGGAAGAGGAGGAGGAAGAGGAGGAAGAGGAGCCUGUCUCCACUCAUAUGCUCCAGUACCAGGCUGGGCGUGAUUGUCCCAGCCCCAGGCUGACCUACGGCAGCAUGGGCCCCCCUACCAGCAGAGCCCGGGAGAACCAAGCAGCCCACACAGGGCCCUGUCUUUUUGACACAGUAAUAGAAGAGGUAGCCUGGGGGUUCCAGGCAUGGCGGCUUGCCCAGGACCAGAGAGACUUGACACUGGAUCUGGACGAGGAGGCCUCAGUGCAGGAGGCCCAGCUGCAGGAGGCCAACUUCUUCGUGUGGUGGGAGGCAUGUGUCCUGCUGGAUAGCUGUUUGGUGGUGGAGGCUGAUGUGGACCAGUGCCAGCUAGGCAGGACACAGCCACAGACAGCAUCACUCCAGGAGUUGCCUGAGGAGGAGGAGGAGGAGGUGGAGGAGGUAGAGGAAGAGGCCACCAGCUCAACAGGCCUGAAUAUGGAGCUGAAUCGCUUGGUCCAGGACCAGCCACCUGGCCAGGAGGGCCCCAGAUCCGGGCCCCCAAACCCGGCCGAGCACCUCCCCAAUGUGCCCAGCUAUCGUCCUACAAUCACCCGCAUUCCUGUCCUGGUUUCCCGGAGGACAACCUUGUCCAACUCCAGCUUCGCCAAGGAGACCAGGAGCUCCAUCCGUCGCCUGGUACCAGCCACGAAAGAGCACCCAGAGGUCCAGGUAGAAGACACGGAUGCUGACAGUCGCCCCCUCAUCCCAGAGGAGAAGUCACCUUCACCCGACAGACCACCACCCUCUCCUACCAAAUCUGACACCCUCAGGGUCCCCGGCUCGGAUGCAGCAGCCCACAGGAAGAAGCUACCUUCUCAGGAGGAUGAAGCUGAAGAGCUCAAGGCGCUGUCGCCGGCUGAGUCCCCAGUGGUUGCCUGGUCAGACCCCACCACCCCACAGGAGGCUGAUGGCCAGGACCGGGCAGCCUCCACAGCCAGCCAGAACAGUGCCAUCAUCAAUGACCGGCUCCAGGAGCUGGUGAAACUGUUCAAGGAGCGGACGGAGAAGGUGAAGGAGAAGCUCAUUGACCCCGACGUCACCUCUGAUGAGGAGAGCCCCAAGCCCUCCCCAGCCAAGAAGGCUCCAGAGCCAGCCCCAGCCCAGAAGCCCGCGGAGGCAGAGGCAGCCGAGGAGGAACACUACUGUGACAUGCUCUGCUGCAAGUUCAAGCGCAGGCCCUGGAAGAUGUACCGGUUCCCCCAGAGCAUCGACCCACUGACCAAUCUCAUGUACAUCCUGUGGCUGUUCUUCGUGGUGCUGGCCUGGAACUGGAACUGCUGGCUGAUUCCCGUGCGAUGGGCCUUCCCGUACCAGCAGCCAGACAACAUCCACUUCUGGCUGCUGAUGGAUUACCUGUGUGACUUCAUCUACCUCCUGGACAUCACCGUGUUCCAGAUGCGCCUGCAGUUUGUCAAAGGCGGGGACAUCAUUACAGACAAAAAGGAGAUGCGCAAUAACUAUCUGAAGUCUCGCCGGUUUAAGAUGGACCUGCUCUGCCUCAUGCCCCUGGACUUUCUCUACUUGAAACUCGGAGUGAACCCUCUCCUUCGCCUGCCCCGCUGCCUGAAGUACAUGGCCUUCUUCGAGUUUAAUAACCGCUUGGAAGCCAUCCUCAGCAAAGCCUACGUCUACAGGGUCAUCAGGACCACAGCCUACCUGCUCUACAGUUUGCACCUCAACUCCUGUCUUUACUACUGGGCAUCGGCCUUCCAGGGCAUCGGUUCCACUCACUGGGUUUACGACGGUGUGGGGAACAGUUACAUCCGAUGCUACUACUGGGCUGUGAAAACUCUCAUCACCAUUGGAGGACUGCCCGACCCCCAGACCCUCUUUGAAAUUGUCUUCCAGCUGCUGAAUUAUUUCACAGGUGUCUUCGCUUUCUCUGUGAUGAUUGGACAGAUGAGAGAUGUGGUGGGGGCCGCCACAGCGGGCCAGACCUACUACCGCAGCUGCAUGGACAGUACCGUGAAGUACAUGAACUUCUACAAGAUCCCCAGGUCUGUGCAGAACCGUGUCAAGACCUGGUAUGAGUACACCUGGCAUUCACAAGGCAUGCUGGAUGAGUCAGAGCUGAUGGUGCAGCUCCCAGAUAAGAUGAGACUGGACCUGGCCAUCGAUGUAAACUACGACAUUGUCAGCAAAGUGGCGCUCUUCCAGGGCUGUGACCGGCAAAUGAUCUUCGACAUGCUCAAGCGCCUUCGCUCGGUGGUCUACCUGCCCAAUGACUAUGUGUGCAAGAAGGGGGAGAUUGGCCGAGAGAUGUACAUCAUCCAGGCGGGGCAGGUGCAGGUGCUGGGAGGCCCGGAUGGCAAGGCUGUGCUGGUGACGCUCAAAGCUGGAUCGGUGUUUGGAGAGAUAAGCUUGCUGGCCGUGGGGGGCGGGAACCGGCGCACGGCCAAUGUGGUGGCCCAUGGGUUCACCAACCUCUUCAUUCUGGACAAGAAGGACUUGAAUGAAAUUUUGGUGCAUUAUCCUGAAUCUCAGAAGUUACUCCGGAAGAAGGCCAGGCGCAUGCUGAGAAACAACAACAAGCCGAAGGAAGAGAAGAGUGUGCUCAUCCUGCCCCCACGGGCGGGCACCCCGAAGCUCUUCAAUGCCGCCCUCGCUGCAGCAGGAAAGAUGGGUGCCAGGGGGGCGAAGGGUGGCAAGCUCGCCCACCUGAGAGCCAGGCUCAAGGAGCUGGCCGCACUGGAGGCGGCGGCCCGACAGCAGCAGCUGCUGGAGCAGGCCAAGAGCUCACAGGAUGCUGCAGGGGAGGAGGGCUCCGGAGGAGCCGUGGACCAACCUGCGUCCCAGAAACCGCCAGAUCCCAAGGAGCCCACAGCGCCCCAAGAGCCCCCAGCGCCCCAAGAUCCCCCAGCGCCCCAGGAGCCCCCAGCCCCGCGCUCUCCACCGCCGGCCCCGGGGAAGCCCGAGGGAGGCACAGAGGAGGAGGCAGCUGCGCCCUCGGAGCCCUCGGUGAGGAUCCGCGUGAGCCCAGGCCCGGAUCCCGAGGAGCAGACGCUGUCCGUGGAGAUGCUGGAGGAGAAGAAAGAGGAGGCCGAGUGAGGCGCCUGCAGUGCCUCAUGAGUCCCAUGAUCCCCAUCCCGGGUGGGCGCCCUGCUGUGAGACCACCUGCCUGGACAAGCUUCCUAGCCCGAGGGCACCUCCUCACAGGCCUGUUGUGGAAAUCCUCAAAUUUCAUCAAAUGGUGGUGGUGUUCUUGAUCCGUGGAGCGCCCUGCCCCGCUCCCACAGUUGCUAGUUUCAAGAAGAAAACCGCCUCGCACUUUUAAGAGGUUUUAGGAGGGAAUAGAAGAGGGCUCCGGCAUCAGCAGAGCUCUACUAGAAAAGUCAAGGGUUGGUGAUAUGGCGGGGUCCCCACCAGAACCCACCCUUGGUCUAAGAGAUAGGGAACAGCUGGAGUAGGAGUGCACACCUGCAAACCCAGUACUGGGGAAGCUGAGGCAGGAGGAUUCUUGGUUCAAGGUCAGCCCCGGCUACAUAGUGAGAAUCUGCCUCAAAACAAACCAAUAGCAAAACAGCGUGGGAGUUCCCAAGUUCCUGUAAGCAUCUGGAUUCCAGAGCAGUAAACACAGUAGUCCUUGCUGACGGCAGAGCAGGUGAUUGGGUACUCUGUACACUGCGGGUAAAGAUGAUUGGCAUUGUUAUCUUACCCUUUUCAAGUUCUGCUUAUUUUAGUAGGCGAUGACAUUCCAAGUUCUCCGUGCUAUUCCUGGUACUCAUCCUCCCUGGCCACUCUGGAGCACCAAGUGACAACUGUAGGGAAAAAAAACUAGUCCGUACUUAGAGAAUAUGCUUGUAGUGAGGCGUAGUGGAGCACUGGAGGCUGAGGCAGGAGAAUCACAAGUUUGAAGUCAGCCAGGGAUACCUGACAAUAUCGUAUCUGAAAAAGAGGGGAAUGCCCUGGUUCAUUGGUGAUGACUAACGGUCCCUUGUUCAGACGUGUGGUGACGUUUCAGCCACUGUUCAUCAGUGAGCAUUUGGGUUGUUUCCAGUCUCACAUUAUUCAGGAUAACAUCGCAGAGCAUUGAGAGGUCACAGUGGGUAGAGGCCCCUGUCACCCACCAUGCCAGCCUGAUGACAUGGAUCUCUGAAACCCUGCGAAGGUGAAAAGCAUCAGCCCCACAAAGUUGUCUUCUGACCUCCACACAUACACUCUGACACACACACACACACACACACACACACACACACACACACACACAGUCAAGAGCUCACAAUAAUAAAAUCCGUCUUGUACAAAAUGAGGUUUGCCUUACUGUAGAGUACUUGCCUGGCCCUGGGUUUCAUCCUCAAUACCAAAAGAAAGAAUCCUGCACAGAUCUAAUCUCACUGGUAUACCUUAUUUUAUUUUUUUAAGCAGGGUGAGCCUGGGAGUCUAGUCAUAUUUUUUUAACCCUAGUAGCCUCAUGUAGCAUUGUCAUAUCUGCACCCCAGAAUCUGGAGCCCAGGACAUAGAGAACGCCUCCACCUGAGGCAAGUAUUUCAGAUGUUCCUAUAAGGUAAACUUGCCGCCCUUCAGUAGACGGCAAAAUGUUUCCUGACCCUGCCACUGUGAGGUCCCGCCUCUUCCUGACCCUGCCACUGUGGGUCCCGCCUCUUCCUGACCCCGCCACUGUGAGGUCCCGCUUCAUAAGGAAUCUGCUUUCUGUGGAUGCACCCACUCUUUUAGAUGCUAGUCCUUGAAAAUAGAUGGCUUAUUAUGUAAAGCAAGAGGUUCCCAGGAUUCCUAGUAAGAACGUUAAUUUUGAAAUGAGAUCGGCAGUGUCUUAAUUUUACCGAGCUAUCUCAUUCAGGGUAACACACUCACAGAACCCUGAUAUUAGGUCAACUGAGUUGGAGACAGGCAUUAAUCUCCAAAUUAAAUUGGACUGGCUGGCCGCUGAGGCUUGAAUGAUACAGCCCAGAGACGGCUAUAAUCCUGAAGUCAGAACAUGUCCGUGUGGCUGUUGAAUCUCUCCUCUUAAUCUCCUCAGUGUGUCUUGCAGUUUGGUAGAUAAUGAAUCACACGCCAUCUUUUUUUUUUUUUUUAACUAUACAAAUAUUUUAAGUAGAAUUAAAAUCAAGAAGCUGUUUAAAAUUGCAUUAUCAAAAUAUGCUCAGCCAGGGGUCUAAGCUGUUUUCUCAGUAAACAGGAAACCUUAUGCACACACCAGCUUUCAUAGUACACUGAAUUUUAAUUAAAGUGUUUAGACAAAUGUUCCUGGGUUGUGGAU